AGGGAGAAUGUGAAAGGGAAGAAUGCACUGAACACAUUUGUUGAGAGAAAGCUGAAGUUUAUCACAGCUAGCAAGAUAAUCUACCAAACUGGGGCUGUUCAAGAUGAAACCUUCCUCAAAAACAUGAGAUCCUUACAUCGGCUUUACUUGUAAGUUUUCAUUUCUUUUUAUUCCUUCCUAGAUCAGCUGGAUAUUUUUCAGCAGUAAAGAAAGCUAGGGAGAGGUAGCAUAAUGGGCUGUACUCCUUCACACAGUGAUAUUGCUAACCAUAAUGUUACACAUGGAGCCAAGUCCCUGAAUAAAGGUCUGCCAAUUGAUCCAGAGAGCGAAGGUUUCUCACUCCCACUGCUGAUCAAAGGCUCCUCUUCUUAUGAUCUUGAAGAGUUAUGUCAGGGAGAGACUGAAGUUAAAGAUCACUUCUUUGAAAAUUCAUCAGAUGAGGACAAAAACGUUAAUUUCCAUUCCUCAUCUGAGGAUCCUUCACUAUCUGAGCUUGACCAGGAAGAGAAGGAAAUUGGAAGGACAGUCUCCGAGACUGAGAUAGCCAUAUCUGAACUGAUAGUAUCUCCCAAACAUAUGGCUGGGGAUGUUAAGGCCAAAAAGCAAAACUCUUGUGCGUCAGAAGAAAUUGGUUUUGCUUUGGAAGACAAAAAUGAAAGCAACGAAAAACAAAACUCAAAGAAAGGGAAAAAGAAAAAGAACAGCCAGCAAGGGAAACAAGGUCAUCAUUGCAAAACUAAAGAAAAACCCAGUCCACCUGUAUGUGAGUCAGUUAAAAAGGUGGAUUUCCCAGAUCUGCUUGUUAAAGCCCAUCAAAAUGCGUAUGCCUAUCUAAACCCCAACCUCUCCAAAUAUGAGGUUAUCUUGUGUAUGGCCAACCAGGCCACUGAAACACAGCUAAUUAUGCAGCAAAUGGUGAGCUUCUUACUCUUCCAUUUUGAUGAAAUCAACCAUCUUUUGGAAGAAAUUGCCCAAGAUGGAGAAGACCUACUCAGAGACGUGGGAGAGAAUCUGGCUUGGCCAGCUGACAAAGGAAACCUGGAAGAGCAUCCAGAUCUCCUGCAACAGUUACUACAGUAUACAAUCAACAAAAUGCAGCUUGUAAAUGGAACUGUGGCCUCCCGAACAUCUGGUGCCCUGCAGGAGUCCUGCAGCUUUCUACGGUCUGCAGGUAGUAACUUAGAAGAAAAACUGAAAGCCAAACUAGAUUUUGAUGAACGGUUGCUUAGGACAAUAAAACUCCUUGAAGCAUCUGCAGCUGGAUCCUUUUACUCUCACUCUGAUGAUAUGACACUUUAUUCUGAAGAUAGUGGAAUUGGUAUUGACAGUGAAUCAGUCAAAGACUUGAAUAUUCUUGAUAAACAGGGAAUACAAACAAAUUGUGAUUCAUGUUCACAUGAUCCUAUAUCCCUAAACCCAAGCAGGAUAUCAGGACAAAACCAAUGGCCAUGCACCUCAGUAUAUGCCACAAGCAGAUCACAUGACUGUGCCCUGGAAAGACAAUUCAAGGAUAUAUUUUACCCACCUGCACACACCAAGGAUGUAAUGUCUUCUUCAGCAGGAGUACAAGGAAGUAUGGCUACCCUUCUGCAACAUCAAAACAUUCCCAGAACUCCAUCUCUCAACACUAUGCAUUGCAGUGUUAUUCAUGAGGGUGAUUGUUUCAAAGAGUGUGAAUCAACCUAUGAAUCUUCCACAAAUGAAGACAGUGAUGGAAGAAGGUCUGAGGAAGAAGGUAAUAAUAUAAGUCUAUCUGAAAAAGGAACGGAUACUUUACUUAAAAGACAAUCCACAUCUUCACCUGUAGCAACAGACAGUAAACAGAGGCUUUCCGCCAAACGAAUAGAGAGCACAGAGAAUGAGGAAAUUAUACUCAAGAUGAAAGAUGCUAUUAGUGAAAAGAUCAAAUUUGUCCCUGCUACAUCUGGAAAGAGGGAAUGGAUGGAAGAAGAAAAUGGCAAAGUAUUGAUGCGGCCUAGUACAGCAACUGGCAGCCAGAAGGCACAAGUUAAAAAGAAAAGGUCUAGGUCUGAAGAAUCUCUGAAAUGUCAUGCUGAGGAUGCAACUCUUUUAGAUCUUCAAAGGACUCAAAAAGGACUCAGCCAAAGGCUGGAAAAGUUCUACAUACUUAAUGGAAACAAGGAUACAAAUGAUAAAAUGGUAUUCCCAAAUCCAAAGGAACCAUCUAAUGUACAAGAUUCUGAGCAUGUUAUUUAUAGAUCUUCCACUAAUAAACUGAAAGCAUCUCUUGCUAAAAACUUCAGCAUAUUGCCUAAUCAAGAUAAAGUCCCUUCAUUUAGGCAUGAUCAAAAUGCUAUUAGCCAACAGCCUGAUGAAAGGAAAUAUCGAAAGCCUGACACACCCACCACAUCCACAAAGGAUCCAACUUCUAGGAAAGAAAAUGAGCCUUCUGGGACACAGAAACUGAACAAUUUUGGUUGUGCUCCACCUCGUAAGUCUGUAAAAAAGUUAAUUGAGACUUUCAGCCCUACUGAAAGUCUUGUGAAACCUGCAUGUUUAAGAACUUUGGGUCCAAUAAAAUGUAUCAGGAAGUUUGGGCUUCCAAGCAUUACUCCCAGUCUUCCACUUCCUAGAGGGCUUGUGCCUUUAAAUCAAAAACAUAGAGUUUCACCAUUAGGAGACAUAAAUUGUCAAAAUAUGAAUCCAACACACUGUACUUUUGAUACCACUGGGUCACCUGUACUUGCAAGUGGAGGUGACACAAAUGGUGAUGAUGAUGACGACAACGACGACGAUGAUGAUAUGGAAAACCUGCCCCCACCACCUCCCGAAAUGUUAAUGGACAUCUCAUCUAAUUCAGUUAAAUCUUCAGAAGAUGCAGCAAUGAAAGAAAACUUUUCAGAAAUUGCCAAGAGUAUCAAGACAAAUGAACAUUUCACCACUAAGAAAAUUACUCACAUUUCUCAGCUAAUGAAAGCUUUCCUGUGUUCCACUGACUUGUUACCAAGUAAGAACCUCAACAGUCCCAGUACCAUUACAAAGAAAGCACCAAAAAAUGCUAGGGUGGCCUCCAGACUAAGAAAAUAUUCCCCGGCGUUGAAUUCUAGCUAUACAUCUGACAACUGCCAAAAGAUUCCAUUAGCAUCACAAAAGCAGCGUGAAAUGGAAGAAACUGCAGAUCUGUAUAAGCAAUCCCGUAAGAUAAUACCUCUUCAAAAUCCUAAAGAAGUGCUAGAACAGAAUGGAAGUGAGCCAGGAAGCAAAGAAUGCAGCUGGCCUCUAGCUUUAGCUCAAAAGCGAAGCUCUUCCAAUUCACCCAGAAGUGAGAAAAUGACAGGUUUUCCCAGACAAGUGUCCCCUGUGAGAACACCACCUCCAUCGCCCCCCAGUGAGAAAAGGCUCCCAAGCCCACCAUUAUAUCAUAGACAUAUUAGCCAAGCUUCUUUCCCCAUUACCAAUCAACAGCCAAGCCCCCCUGCUAAGCUCAAAUCAUCAAGCCCUCCAACACAAAGAAAGAUGCCUUCACCACCAACCCAGCAAAACCUAUCUAGCCCUCCAAUGGGACACAAACAACAGAGCCCAAGCCCACCUCCUUUCUCAACUACCCAGUCCUCACCAACUUCCCCAACUCGGUUGCACAAAGGAUUACAAAACCAUUUGGAAUCUGGGAAUAAGCAACAAUCUGCUUCCCCAACGAUCAUCAGCAAUGCACACUCAAUAUUUUGUCCAGCCACUUCCUCUUUAUUCAAAGCCAAGCCAAUGCUGCCAUUGAACGGCUCCACCAUAGAGGCUAUUGUGGACCAUGCUGAAGGGUCAGCAUUUGCAUGGAGGAACGGCAAACAGCUUGGGCAAUGUGGGGAUCAACAGAGAAGGAUUGCAGUUAGUGUUGCCAAUCCUCAACCGUUUGUACGGAGGAGCUUCUCUGACCACAGGCCAGGAUUCCAACUUCUGCUACCGUUGUUUGCCACAGCUGGUAGUGAGCCUGCGCUUAAUCAAACAAGGUAA